AUGCCUCAUAUGAUGCAAAAUGAUGACUUGCUUCCACAGGCUUCUGUGGUCGGUAUUGAAGUAAAACCAAUCGAAGCACAUCUAAAUAAAGAAAUAUCGGAGGAGCCAGCUUCUUCUUACGAAGGCGACAUGAGCUCUGUCAAUGAAUAUGACGGUGGAGAAUCUGGUUCUGAUUCCAAUUGUGACACAAAUAUGUCCAACUUACAGGACGCUGAAGAUGAUGCUCUUCAUCCUCUACAAAAAUCAGCAAAUCAAGCAGGCUAUGAAAUCGAAGAGUUUGCCAAGGCCUUGGAUAUCCUUCAUCCUCAAAAAGCGACCAAUCAGUUCAUGCGACAUGAAAUGAUGUUUGAUCUCCUUGCCAGAUUCCAUAGUAUCUCCCUAGAGUCAGCUGAACGAAUGAAGCAGAAGUACAAUUCGGAAAAGCGUAAAAUGGAAGGCCAAAAAUGGAGAAAAAAGAUGCGAGGGCUCAAAAUUGCGCAGUCUGAGGAAGUGGCGCCCGAGGAGAUGAAUAAUGAUGAUAAUACAGCCUCCUUUCCCAGCACAACUUUACAAGAUCUUGAAUCAAGUGCGCUGGAAGCACAGACUUGGGACCUACUCAAGCGCCUAGCAGCCACUCGUUUUGGACCUAGACCUCCUCCUCCUAGACCAGCGCGUCCUCCUUACUCAUCCGAGCAAGAAAUAUGGGAUAAUUUUACAAAGACAGAUGAUCUCGCAGUUGAAAGAAGUGUCAUCUUGCAAUGGCUCAAGGAUACUGCAGAUGAAUCAGGAAAAGACAUCAAUGUUCUAGUUGAAGGGUUACAAAUGAAUGCUGAAAGAGGCGAUAUUAUAGCGCAUGGCUGGCUACACACUAAAGCUGCCAUCAAGGAUUACAAGCGAAGAAUGUCAUCUUCGUGUCCACUUGACCCAAAGAACCUGAACGUCAAAAGUGGACUACUAAAUCUAUCAAAAACUGAGCCGCUAUCAUGCCAGCUUGAUCCGGAUGUAGUCGGUAGGCAGGGUCGCAAAUUAGCCUCGCAGGAUGAAUACUUUGAACGCGCAAUAUGGCAGGGCUGUUAUGAGCUAUUGCGACGAGGUAAAACCCCCCAAGAAAUAAAAGAAUGGUGCAUAGAACGAACAGAAAUCUGGAGGGCUGUCAGUAUGCUAGGAUUUUCUUUGGAGAAUACCAGUGAAACUAAAGAACGUGCAAAUCCAAAUGCAAUUCGCCGCUGGAGAAAAGCUUGUUUUGCAAUGGCUCGCAAUGAAGGAGGCGACGAAUACGAGAAAGCAGUAUAUGGGAUAUUAAGUGGUGAUAUACUUAGUGUGGAGCCUGUUUGUAAAUCAUGGGAUGAUUUUGUUUUUGCACAUUAUAAUGCUCUUCUUAGAGCACAAUUCGACGAUUAUCUACAUAAGAUUUUUCCUCAGCCAUCACUGACGAGUACAAACGCCACCGCACUUCGCACGUUUAACGCAGUUCAGUUUCACGGUGAAUCUGGGUCAGCUGGAAAACGUGUUAUAGAGAAUCUAAAAUCCAAUCCACAGACUGCAGAAGAAAGUCUUAUACCUAUGAAGAUGCUACAGGGGGUCAUAAUUGCAAAUCAAUUUCCAAACUUUAUUUUUCAGCAAGGACUUGCAUUAUCAAAACUUGCCAACGCAAAUGAGUUGUCUAGGGUGAUCCCUCCCAGUAAAGAGCAACUAGAGGAUGGGAACAUCUCAGAAUAUAUCCAAUUAGACGAUCAUAAUAGUCUGAGAGUCCUAACACACGUACUUAUCAUAUUUAUGGGUCUAGGUCUCGACUUGGGAGAUGUGUAUCGCGAAACAGAGGUUCAAAACGUCAUUGUAGCAUAUGUGAGCUUUCUCAGGCUAGCCGGAAAAGAAGAAUUAAUUCCUCUUUACUGCUCUCAGUUGUCGGGAAAAAGACGAUACGCAAUUCUUUCUCGUGCCUUAAUCGAUGUUGUUGAUGAGGAACAGCGAAUCAUUCAGAUCAAUCUGAUGAGAGAGUUAGGAUUAGACGUACACGAGUUCGUUAGUCUUCAAGCCAGAUUUCUAUUAGAAGAUUUUCCUGAUUCUACGCCCGGGUACCCUGCAAAAGAAAACUUUAAGCUCUUUAUAGAUUCUCCAGAUUCCUUAUCCCCACAGCGGAAAUUAGUCAAGGAUUUUCUGGGCGACGAGGACUCUAUUAUGAGGAUUGACUCAUUGCUAAUCAGAAGCUUGCAGUGGUAUCUUCUCGUAGAUGGACUUUGGGUAGAGACUUUUAGGUUAGGUACAAUGCUUUAUCUUCGAUUUUACAAACACAUGCACCUUUGUGCUGCGAAGAUACUGUCAAUUAGAGUUCCCAGCAAACUACUGAUGGAACGCAAAACACGAGCCAUAUUAGGCGAAAGUGUCAACCUUUUUGAAACCGAUGAUUUUGACGUAGAGGACUCUAAUGCUGCACUAAAGUUUCACAUGCUUGCUGAGGCUAAUGACUUCAGGAGCCUGGAGAUCCUGAUUGAAUUCUUAGAUAAUAUAGAGACAGCCACAUGUUUAGAUGAUAUGAAGAUGCAGGGGCUGUCUAGCCAGAUUCCUUCUAUAAGUCGCAAUGAUUGGCGCCACAACUAUCAAAUUGCUUGUGAAGACGCAAAGAUCUAUGCGUGCCAUCUUAUGAAAGGGUGGCUCCUUUCUACCCCGAACGAAUGUAUACAAGAAGAAUUGAAGCUCAUUAGGGAGGCAUAUCUUCCAGAGGCUCUUCUGGCUUACGUCACUGUCAUGCAAAAUGCUGGGCUCAACUUGAAUCGAGAAUUCCUUUUAGUGGCCAUGGAAGUGUCCUCUAUUCUAGCUGAUGACGACUCUGACACACUUGAUCUUUUCGUCAAAACGAACCGUCUUCAAGAUAUGAUUGACAAUCUGGCUAGGGUUUGUAAGAGCUUAGUCAUUUCCUCAUCCGGAGAGCAAAAACACGCUUCUCGCACUAAGAGAAUGAAGAGACGCGGAUGGAAUAUCGAAUCAUGGGAUGUUAAGCCGGCAACAAGACCAGAAUUAUAA